AUGGCCGACGUGUACGACCGCGGACGUAAAGACCAAGACUUCAACGUUGGUGACCAAGUGUUCCUAAGCACGAAGAACCUGGACACGGUGCACACGGGGUUUCCCAACUCACGCAAGCGUGGACCCAAGUGGAUUGGACCGUAUUCCGUCGUGCGCAAGGUACAUCGACACGCGUACGAGAUCAACUUGCCGCCUGGCCUCAAGCUACAUCCAGUCUCCAACACCGGCAUACUCAAGCCGUACGAGUCUCCGACGCGUCUCUCGCGACCUCACGAGGUAAUAUUGCUUGAUGGCCAGGUGGGACAGAUCGUCGAAGCAGUUGUCAACAAGCUGGGUGGGUGA